UUUGGCGCCUGUUUUUUGCAAAGUGGAAAAAAUCAUAGAAAUUCUUGUUAUAAUUCUCUUAUAAAACAUAUGUUAUAUGUUAUAAUUAUCUUAUGUUCUGUGGAAAAAAUGUUAUAAGGAAACCAUGGAAGAAGAUACGACAUGUAAGCGUCUGGGUCCUUUAUUUUUCGGUGCAAAAACACUGCUAAGGUACCUAGUAUUUCAGAGUUAAUACAACUAUUCUGCGAUCAUUAAAUAUAAGCAAUAGUUUUUCUGCAUAAUGGAGCAAAUAUGGGUUAAAAAAGAACCUGAAGAUUUAGUCAAUGAUUCUGAUGGUGAUAUUUUGAUGAAUUACGAUAAGCCAAGUACAUCUGCUGACCGAGAAAUGCCUUCAACCUCUGGGGUAGCAAUAAAACAAGAAAUCAAAGAAGAAUUGGAUUUUCAUGAUGAGUUUCUUGGCAAAGGAUCUGAAGAAAGUUACAAUAAAUAUUUUGAUGAUGGAGAUGAUCGUGAAGAUUUCUCUUGCAAUAUAAAAAAAGAAGAAUGGGGCAGUGACUUUUAUGAAGAAGAUGAUAAAAAUUCUUCACACAAUGAAGAGAAAGAUGAGGAUGAAGCCAUGUUUGAGACGAAAUCCAUGGUGGAAUAUCACGGGGAUGAAUAUUAUGAUGAAUCAGGGACCAACAAUGAAGUUCUAAAUGAAAUAGUCCUCCCAAAAGAAGAAAAAGAAAGUCACAAGGAACAGAAGUUGUUGGAGUGUGACAUUUGUCUUCGGAAAUAUCAAACAAAGGAGGGUUUAUAUCAACAUAAAAAGUAUGUCCAUGAAAUAGAAGAACAGGAACAAUUUAAGUGUGAAAAAUGCGAAUAUCAAAGUUCAAGAAAAUGUCAUUUAAACGAUCAUUUAAAAAUUCACGACAAGACAAACUAUUUAAAGUGCCAAUUUUGCAAGUACAUGGCUGCUCGAUUGCGAACUUUAAAUGCACACAUAUUAAGUAAGCAUAAAAUUGAAAGCAAUGAAGGUGAACAUAAAGUUAAAAUAACAAGUAAAAUACACACUUGCCCCAAGUGUUCCUAUUCAACGGUUUUUAAAACAAGUUAUGAUAAUCACGUGAAGGUUUGUUUGAAAUUAAAAAAUGUCAAAUGCUACGAAUGUGAAAUUUGCCAUUUCAGAACCAUUCACAAAAGAAGUUUGAAUAGUCAUAAGAAAACUCACAAUAAAAUAAAGCAACUGACAUGUUUAUUUUGUCCACAUAAAAGUAACGAAAAGAGAAAUUUAGACAACCACAUUUUAACUAAACAUCCUGAUUUGUUGAACGAAUCUAAUAAAAAUGUAAUCACUUCUAAAAUACAUGCUUGUCAACACUGUAAUUACAAAACCGCAAUUGUUAGUGAUUUAAAAAGACAUUUAAGUCACAAUCAUUAAAUAAUAUUAUAUGUAAUUUAAGAAGGUUCGGGCACGAUAUUAGUCUAUGGCACGCCGUUUUAACAUUUAUUAAAUAAUUUUUUAAUUUAAAAUUUUAUUGGUAAUAUUUCCAACUAAAAAUUUUAGGUUUAUAUUUAUAAAUUUAAAAUAUUUUUAACUAUCAUGUAUUGAAAAUUUACUAGCAGUUAGUGUAUUAUGUGCUGGUUCAGGGCGUUAUUUAAUACAAGAGUUUAAUAAUAACAUAUGUUAUUAAUAAUGUUACAUAUGGGUGAUUCUACAAAAGUUGGACAACUUGAUGUCAUCAGUCAAUAUUUUUUGAAAAUAUUUAUUUAUCUUAAAUUUUUUAACUUCCCUACAAACUAUAAAACAUUAAAUAAUGUAUUUUUCAUAUUUUAUCAUAGAUUCGAAUAAUAGCAAUUUAAAAAAAAAAGAAUUAAUCUUUGUACUCACUUUUACCCGUCAGUUCUGUGUCCAAUGUUAAAAUUCAAAAUUCCUGCGAAAUAUUGAAGUUUAAACGUCAAGUCCUCGUUUUAACUCAAGUGUUGGUAAAAAAUUACCUACAGAUCCCGCCCUUUGCACGACAGUCAUCUUGAAAACAAUGCAAAUUUUUUAACUUCCCUACAAACUAUAAAACAUUAAAUAAUGUAUUUUUCAUAUUUUAUCAUAGAUUCGAAUAAUAGCAAUUUAAAAAAAAAAGAAUUAAUCUUUGUACUCACUUUUACCCGUCAGUUCUGUGUCCAAUGUUAAAAUUCAAAAUUCCUGCGAAAUAUUGAAGUUUAAACGUCAAGUCCUCGUUUUAACUCAAGUGUUGGUAAAAAAUUACCUACAGAUCCCGCCCUUUGCACGACAGUCAUCUUGAAAACAAUGCAAGUGGCGAAGUUGUGGUGAAUGCACGUAUAGUUCCAGUCAAAAGUUUAGUACUGUGGAGAGUACUAUACAGUGCUUGCAAAUCCAAGUCCGACCGCGUUGGGAAGGAUGGUUGUUCAAUACCCGCGUGAAAAGAAUAAGGAUAGAAUGCCAAACAUAAUUUGAUUGGUCAGAGCGUCAGGCGUGCGUAUUGUAAGCGCCUUCUGUUUGGCGUUCUAUCCUUGUUAUUUUCACGCGUCCUUCCCAAACCGGUCGGACUUGGAUUUGCAAGCACUGUAUAUACGUAUAUAUAAAAUAAAAAAUAUCACUAAAAUACUUAAUUCCGAAUUAUAAUCUCAAAUUUGUAUCCCAUUCAUCAGUACCGUGUCGUCAGUUCAAUGUUCGAUGUUUCGGUUAUCUUUUUUUUGCAAACUUGCGCAGAACUUGUUUAUUUAAUGUCAUUAUAAACUAUAAAUUUGGUGUGGGUCCCAUAUCUAAUAGUUGAGAUAUCGGUAUACCCAAAAUCCACCAGCCGCCACUGAUUGUGAGGUUGGUAUAUAAACAACAAGUGUAAAGUGUUAACUGGCUUUUAUUUCAACUGCGCGGCCUUAUACACAUUGUUUCAG